GGGGGAUUACAGCUCGGUGACUGACGUCACAACGUUCUGUGCUGCAUUUGAGCCUGAGAACCCAGCGUGAUUGCUUUCAAACAGCUCCGUGUUACAGCAUCUUCCCCAGCACAGAAUUCCCCAGGUGCGUCACACGUUUUUGUUUAAUUUAAAAACCAGUCUGUUUCUCUUGUUCUGUUUUUAGCAUGGCUGACAAGAACAGCGCCCUGAAAUGCACGUUCUCUGCUCCUGGCCACAGCACCACUCUGCUGCAGGGACUGGCCUCGCUCCGAGCUCAGGCUCAACUGCUUGAUGUCAUCCUCACUAUAAAUAAUGAAGUGUUUCAGGUUCAUAAAGUUGUCUUGGCUGCCUGCAGCGACUACUUCAGGGCAAUGUUCACCGGCGGGAUGAGAGAAGCCAACCAAGAUGUGAUUGAACUGAAAGGUGUAUCCGCAAAGGGACUGAAACACAUAAUAGACUUUGCUUACAGUGCUGAAGUGACUCUUGAUCUGGAUUGCAUUCAGGAUGUGCUGGGAGCUGCAGUCUUCCUCCAGAUGGUGCCUGUAGUGGAGCUCUGUGAGGAGUUCCUGAAGUCUGCUAUGAGUGUUGAGACAUGUCUUAAUAUUGGGCAGAUGGCCACUACCUUCAGCCUUGCAUCCUUGAAGGAGUCGGUAGACGCUUUCACCUUCAGGCACUUCCUCCAGAUUUCAGAGGAAGAGGACUUCCUCCACCUGCCGCUAGAGCGCCUUGUCUUCUUCCUGCAGAGCAACAAGCUGAAGAGCUGCAGCGAAAUAGAUCUCUUCCGCGCCGCUGUCCGCUGGCUGCAGUACGACUCGUCCCGCCGUGCCAAUGCCAGCCAGGUGCUCUGCCACAUUCGCUUCCCACUCAUGAAAUCCUCUGAGCUGGUGGACAGCGUCCAGACCCUGGACAUCAUGGUGGAAGAUGUCCUGUGUCGGCAGUAUCUGCUGGAGGCUUUCAACUAUCAGAUCCUGCCCUUCCGUCAGCAUGAGAUGCAGUCCCCUCGGACCACCAUUCGCUCGGAUGUCCUGUCCCUCAUCACCUUCGGUGGCACCCCUUACACGGACAAUGACCGGACGGUGAGCUGCAAAGUGUACUAUUUGCCGGACACCAGCAUGCGCCAGUUCAAGGAGCUGACUGAGAUGGAGGUGGGCAGCAGCCAUUCCUGCGUGGCUGUGCUGGAUAACUUUGUCUACGUGGUGGGAGGGCAGCAUCUGCAGUACCGGAGCGGCGAGGGGGCCGUCGAUAUCUGCUACCGCUACGACCCGCACCUAAACCAGUGGCUGCGUAUCCAGGCCAUGCAGGAGAGCAGGAUACAGUUCCAGCUGAACGUCUUGCAUGGCCUGGUGUAUGCCACGGGGGGCAGGAACCGGUCGGGGAGCUUGGCCUCUGUUGAGAAGUAUUGCCCCAAAAACAACGAGUGGACCUACGUGUGCUCUCUCAAGCGCAGGACGUGGGGGCAUGCUGGGGCCACGGUGGGAGGCAAGCUAUACAUCUCAGGGGGGUAUGGAAUAUCUGUGGAAGACAAAAAAGCCUUGCACUGUUAUGAUCCGGCAGUUGAUCAGUGGGAGUUUAAAACUCCAAUGAACGAGCCUCGAGUCCUCCAUGCCAUGGUCAGUGCAAACAGCAGGAUUUAUGCGCUGGGAGGCCGCAUGGACCAUGUCGACCGCUGUUUUGAUGUCUUAGCUGUGGAAUACUACGUGCCUGACACCGACCAAUGGACAACUGUGAGCCCGAUGCGGGCAGGCCAGUCGGAGGCGGGUUGCUGCUUGUUAGAAAAGAAGAUCUACAUCGUGGGAGGCUACAACUGGCACCUCAACAAUGUCACGAGCAUCGUGCAAGUGUAUAACACAGAGACUGAUGAAUGGGAAAGGGACCUGCAUUUCCCCGAGUCUUUUGCUGGCAUAGCAUGUGCUCCAGUAAUACUGCCACAAGUGACGACCCAGAGGUAGCCACGCGUGGCCGUGUCCCCCACAAAAUCGCCUUCUGUGUUGCAUGUUGUCAGGACGCUGUGUUAUUCCUUUGUGGUUGUUUGCAAAUAAUGUGCAUUUUGUGGGUGAGGGAAGGAGGAAAAUAGCUUGCAUUCCCUUCCACCUUCCUCUCGUCUAGCAGUCUGGCAGCACAUUCCAUCAGGAGCACUUGUCAGCCAGUUAGACUUAACAGUUGCUGCAGCAACAUGUGCUGUCUCAUUCUGGGGGGGAAGAGGGCGUUUCUCCCCUUCUUUUUAACAACGUUGUGCAUUACAAACACUGACCGCUCAGGAGUACUUGCUAACCUUGUGGUAUGUUUAAGUGUCCAGAGGUGACCUUCCGAAGUGUCUUCUGCUCCAAAAACUCAUUGCUUUGUGUUUCGUCAUGAUGUUUCAUAGAACAAAACCAAAAUCUUUAUAACAUACUGACCUCUGGAAGCAAUAAGGGGAUGCUGGGAACUAGAGUUGAGGUGCUUGGAUUCUGAAAGCAUUCUUGCUUCUUUUCUUUAUCCAUUAGAGGGUGAAUUCUCUCUGACCUCCAAGAGUUUGUGUCACUUCUUUCCUCUUCCCCUUAUGUUACAGAUGAAUGGAUCCCCCUCCCCCCAUCCCCGCAGAUCAUUUAAUGUUCUAGUCAAAACGUGCCUAUUUCAUUGGGGCCCCCAAAUGUGUAAUGCUAAAGGCCAUGCUGGCAGCUUAGUAUGGAAGCUGUAUGUAAAAGGGUAUGAUUUUCAUAAUUGCCAAUACGCAUUUGACUUCACCAGCAAUAAGAAUCCUGCAGCUGUUCAGCUGUGCUUGCACUCUGAUAUAGGCCGAGGGCACGUAGGGACUGCAUUUUAGGACUCCAUUGGCUGUGUCUUUCAAACCCCUUCACUUACAUGUGUUCAUCCAAACUUUCUUUAAUACAACCAAAGAGGUGGAAUGCUGCUUAUCCAAAAGCUCCAAGGUUCCUUCUCAACUUAGAAAUAAGAAACUUGGGAUCUCAAUGCCACAGAAAUCAGUGAAAUGGCAAGUUUUGUUACCCUCAGCUGUUUUGUUUGUUAACAAGAGAUCCAUUGUCAAAGCGCUUUGUGCUUUUUGUGAAAUGCAUGGGGCUUUUUGCGCACAGAAUGCUACUUCUAGAAUGUGUGUGUCGCCCACUCCUCCUCCACCCGUUUCUGUCUUCGAAACAAUUUGACCUGAGAGUACACUGGAAAUAUCUCCCUUCACUGGGCAUUUUGUUCCAAGGGCUUUGGAUUCUUUCUGUACAGGAGAUGCGACCUUUGGAGGAAGCAGGUGUGUUCUGGUAUUAUAUAAAUGCUGGACCGUACUUCCAGUGGCAGUAUACAAUGCCUGUUUUGCUAAUGUAUCAUUGCUCAGACCUGUUCAAAGCAUGAGCUUCAUACCUCAAGUUCUCUUGAAGAUCGUUGUUCUUUGAGAGUUAAAUUAUUUUGGAUGUGAUACAAAUAAGCGUGCAUGCUCCCUGGUAAAGCCCCAAACUUGACAUGUUGAAAUGAUUUUGUGCCAAUGUUACUGUCUCCCUCUGCCCUGGCUUGCCAGGGAAUGAUUAAAGAUAAAGCCCCCAUUUUACUGCGAGAUGCCAAAAUCGAUGUGUAAGCUCUGCUUUCUGGCUCUGCAGCAGUUAACAACGCUGCACCCAUUUGUGCUGACAUUGAUGCUAGUGCCCUAGAAACACUGCAAAAAAAAAAAAAAAGGCUUAUCAAAUAAGGGACAAAAUGUGAAAGGAAACAGAUGUAAUCCAUUAGGAGCCAGAAAGUAACAAAACCAUGGAAUCCCUUUUCAUCAGGAUGCUCUGCUCAUGUUUAAGACACUCUCUUAGGUUCCUAACCCCCCAAAGGGAACCUGCCCUUUCUUCCUUAUCUGUUUGCAAAAUGCAUCUACGUUUGUGUGAAAGAACCACUGGAUUGCUCUUUCUUAUUUUUGUUUAAACUUUCAAAUCAGUAUGUUUUCUUUGCCAGUAAUGCAGCUUGGGACCUGACCUCUCCUGGCUCGCCAAGCUGUGCAGACCCAGUGUUCGCAGGCUACCCCACAAUAAGCAAACUGGAUCGCUCGCAUGGUGGAUGCAGUGAGUCUGUUGAUAAAGGACUUGACAUUUUU